AUGCCUAGUACGGCGACAAGCGCUACUGCAGGUGCAGGUAGCGGGAGCUUGUUUGGAAAUACCACGACGCCACAACAGCCUGCAGGGACUGGUUCGUCUGAGAAUACCGGCACUCAGCAACAACAGCAACCUGCAGCUGCUUCAUCUGGGAAUACCAACACUCAGCAACAACAGCAACCUGCAGCUGGUGGUUUGUUUGGUAAUACCACAGCCAGUACAACCCAGCAGCCUGCCACGGGUGGUCUGUUUGGGAGUACGAACUUGAACACACAGACGCAACCUACAGGAACAAGUCUGUUCGGGAACACGUUGACUCAACCUGCUGGAAACUUGUUUGGGACUACAGGUACCCAGCAGCAGCAGCAACAACAACCACAGCAAGGUGGGAGUCUAUUCGGAGGUACCACGACCCAGCAGCAACAACCACAGAGUAGUAGUCUCUUCGGAGGUACUACGACCCAACAGCCUGCUACCGGUACUGGUGGGCUGUUUGGAACUACGACCACUCAGACACAACCUACAGGAACAAGUCUGUUUGGUAAUACGACAACUCAACCUCAACCUGCUGGAAGCUUGUUCGGCAACGCAGGCACCCAACAGCAGCAACCGCAGCAGGCUGGAGGUUUCUUCGGAAGUACCACGGCCCAGCAGCAGCAGCAGCAACCACAGAGUGGUGGUCUCUUCGGAAGUACUACGACCCCACAGCCUGCUACCGGUACUGGCGGACUGUUUGGAACGUCAACGACCCAACCAAGCGCCGGCGGGAGUCUUUUUGGCGCUACCAGUACGCAAGCGCCAACAUCAGGGGGACUGUUCGGUAGCACGACAACUCAAGCUCCAGCUGCUGGAGGAGGCCUCUUUGGCAGUACAACAACGAGCUCAAACCCGUUGUUUGGGAAUAAAAAUCCAGCGAGUAUCUUUGGUAGUGCGCCUGCCCCCUCCUCGACUACUCCAACUUUAUUCGGUCAAUCCCAAUCCACGCAACCUAUUACUACUCCCUCGUUAUUCGGCCAGUCCCAGCAGAAACCAGCGGGCUCCCUGUUUGGCUCAGUGAAUCAGCCUGCGCCGAGUGCAGCUACCGGUGGGCUUUUUGGCAGUACGCUAGGUCUUCCACUAUCCAAUUCACUUCUCGCAUCGCGAAGCACUGCACCUGCACAACAACAGGAUCCUCAGUCACAAUAUGCAGCGCUCGAGCAGAAAAUCCAAGCUAUUGUACAGGCUUGGGAUCCUUCUUCGCCAGCAUGUCGCUUUCAGCAUUAUUUCUAUAAUCUCGUUCCACCGGCCCAAGUGAACGCUUUCGGUAGACCUGCAAAUGCCACAAAUGAGGCGCUUUGGCAACGCGCAGUGCACGAUAACCCUGAUCCUAGUUGUAUGGUACCUGUUCUGGCAGUUGGCUUUGACGAUCUGCGUCAGCGCGUAGACGGUCAAAUGAAGCAAGCCACGGAACAGCAAAAAGCUUUAUUGGAACUAAAAAAACGCCUGGAAUCGUUGUCCGCAAGACAUAACGAUAGCAACGCAUCACGUUUGCAGCGCGCAAAGUUAAUUCAAUCACAAACUCAGCACCGCCUGCUGUGCCUCAUCCAGCACAUGCAUCUGAUGCUACCUACUGUCCGGUCUACGGCGAUACGUCCCGAAGAAGAGGCGUUGCGUCUAGCGCUAGAGGAGAUUGAAGAAGAAAUAAGAAGACCAGGUGGGAUGAGUAAGAUGCGAGGAAAGCUGAAUGAGCUGUGGGCGCUCGUAGGGGCUAUCAACGCUGCGCGCGAGAGAGGCAGAAGAGUGGGGCUCGAUGGCACCUCUGAAUGGACAGUCGUCGAUGAGGAGGGCCUAAAGCAGAUCGCUCAAAUCUUGUCCAAUCAGCAAGCUGGUUUACAGCAUUUGACGAAGGUGCUACAACGCGAUCUGAAGGACUUGGAGGUGAUAUAUGGAAGAGAGAGCUAA